AAAACCAAAUGAAAUUGAAAGAAGUCAUGCCAGUGGGUGACUGGCUGGGAAAAAUGUUGCAGAAAAUAGGAACGUUCUUCCGUUCGUAUUCGUUGGAUGUCAGCUUGGGAGACUUGGACCUCGAUCUAGAAGGACGUGGACACCACCACUAUCGCCGCGUGUUCCCGAUUGUAGUGACGACAUACAUGAUCAUGUCAACGUUUCUGAUCCCGAUGGGUUUCCAGUUCAUGGCCAUGCUCGGCGGCAAGGCCCUCGUCCUCAGUAAACUGGCUUUCCUCUGGAGCUUGCUCGGGGUGUCGCGCCGUAUUUUCCCGUACUCCUACCCGGACGGCUAUGCACCGCCCCACCACGACUUCCAUCAACCGGGGCUAUAUCGCGCUGCCCAUCGAAAGGAUCAUAUCCCACAGUGAG